AUGCGCACCGUUUUCACUCCAGGUACUUCUGGUGUACCUGUUGCCCAACAACCACCAAAUCCAGCGCCCCCCAUGCCCAACAACACAUUCGCCUAUCUCCAGAGAAUGGGCCCUCCUCAAGUGCCACAGCCCCGUCCGCAGGUCGACAACAACAAAACGAACAAACCACGCCCAGCUCAAGUCGAUCCAAAUGCCGAACAGAAGUCGUCAAAGGGCGACGGCCGUGUGUCGAAGAAGUCGGACCGCCGCGGGCGGCCCAAGAAGAUUAGCGACGACCUGACGCAGAAAAUGAUCCGCCUGUUGGAGAACUCAAAUGACGAUGUCUCCUUGGAAGAACUAGGGCACGCCGUUGGAGUCGACGGCGUACAUCUGCAAACGAUACGGAAUUAUAUGAUCAAGGAGGGCUACUGCAAGCGAAUUGCGUGCCAGCAAAAGUGGCUGACGAACCACGCGCGAGAGAUGCGAAUGCAGUAUGCUCUGGCACACCAGAGGUGGCAGAACGAAUGGCGGUCGGUCUUGUUUAGUGACUGUGUGAAUUUUGGUCUGGGGACUACGCGAAAAGCAAAAGUUUUCAACCGCAAGGACGAGCGACUUUGCGAAGAGUGCCUCCAGUCGAGGGAAGGCAUCGACAAAUCCAUAUUCUAUUGCUGGGCCAUGGUGGGCUACGACUACAAGAGCCCGCUGGUCUUCCUCAACACCGAAGAUGCCGACCACCCUGUCCUUAGCCAGCAUGAUUAUAUCUCUCAAAUACUACAGCCCAACGUCCAACCCAUCGCGUCGGUAAAGCGGUUCGUAUACCUCGACACGGGGAGCACAGGCCAGGCACCGGGUCAGAACAUGGUUCACGCCUAUCUAGAAUCAGUACACAUUCCCUAUCUUCGCAAUCCAGAAGCAUCGCCUGACCUCAAUAUCUUCAAAGAUGUCAUGCUCAUCUUAAAGAAAAGGCUCCAAAAGAGGAGUAUCGGCGACAAAAUCCAACUCAAGAUCGCCGUCCUCGAAGAGUGGGACAAGAUAACGACCAAAGAGAUCAACAAACUGGUGGAUUCAAUGAAACCACGAAUGGAGAAGCUCUUGGCUCGAAAAGGGAUGCCCCUAUAG